UUUCCCGUGAUACCUUUUUGGCCGUGUGAUCGUCUGAAAUAAAACAUGGCGGAAACAGUGGGCAGAUAAAAUUUCUCCAGUUUAGCCAUCACUUUAGAAUGCCAAGAGGUUUCGCAAACUGAAAUGAGUGCAGCAGGAUGGGUUGAAACAUUGCGAAGGUUCAACGAGAGGAAAAAGGCAGAGAAAGAAGAAGAUGCUGAGAAUGUAGCAAAAAGGUCUCCCAGCGAGACAGAGCUGUUUACCAAGUAUUACAAUGAUUGGAAAGGAGCAGGGAAAGGCAAAACCAAAAGUUAUGAUGCGAUACCUAGAUUUUAUUUCAAGCUUCCUUCAGAAGAUGAAGUUUUGUUGCAAAAACUGCGCGAGGAAUCACGAGCUGUGUUUCUCCAGCGAAAAAGUAGAGAGCUCCUCGACAAUGAUGAACUGCAGAACCUGUGGUUUUUACUUGAUAAGCACCACACACCACCUUUGUUUGGAGAUGAACAGAUGAUCAACUAUGAAGAUUUCUUGAAAGUUGCUAGAGAGGCUGGUGAAAAAUGCAGGCCAUUUUUUAGUGCAACUGUUUUUGCCAAGCUGUUUCAACAGGAUCCUUUUGGAAGGAUAUCAAUCAUGCAGUUUUUCAAUUAUGUGAUGCGUAAAGUUUGGCUUCAUCAAACCAGAAUAGGUCUCAGUUUGUAUGAUGUUGCAGGACAAGGAUACUUGAAAGAGUCGGACCUGGAAAAUUAUAUUUUGGAGUUAAUCCCAACCUUACCUCAGUUGGAUGGCCUUGAGAAGUCAUUUUAUUCUUUCUAUGUGUGCACUGCUGUUAGAAAGUUUUUCUUCUUUUUGGAUCCCCUCAGGACAGGAAAAAUAAAGAUUCAAGACAUCCUUGCCUGUAGUUUUCUGGAUGAUCUCCUUGAGCUGAGAGAUGAAGACCUAUCCAAAGAACAACAAGAUGCAAACUGGUUUUCAGCACCCUCAGCAUUAAGAGUCUAUGGGCAAUAUCUAAGUCUUGAUACUGAUCAUAAUGGAAUGUUGAGUAAAGAAGAAUUAGCAAGAUAUGGUUCAGGAACCUUAACCAAGGUGUUUGUGGACAGAGUGUUUCAGGAAUGUUUGACAUAUGAUGGUGAAAUGGACUACAAAACAUAUUUGGAUUUUGUGCUUGCAUUAGAAAACAGAAAAGAACCACAGGCACUGCAGUACAUGUUUAGGAUCCUGGAUGUGCAGGCUGUUGGACAUCUCAACAUCUUUUCAUUAAACUUCUUCUUUAGGGAAAUUCAAGAGGAGAUGAAAAAGCAUGGACAUGAGCCAGUGAAGUUUCUUGAUGUUAAGGAUGAGAUUUUUGAUAUGGUCAAGCCUGAGGAUCCUUACAAAAUUACUCUGCAAGAUCUUGUUAACAGUGGUCAAGGAGAGACAGUGACAAGUAUUCUGAUUGAUUUGAAUGGCUUUUGGACCUAUGAGAACCGGGAACUUCUGGUACAAGACGGUAAUAAUGAAGACCAUCCAUGAAGACACCGAAACAGAAAUGUGCAUCUUUCUCAUCUGGGCCUCCUAGGCACCUGUUAACAUCGUUGAAGCUAGCGGGUCACUUAAAAUGUCGAGGAAACUGGCUUUGAAUUGGCUUCAGAAAGUUUUCUUGGUGUGUGAAAUUAAGACUCGAGUGGUAUUAGAACCAGGAUAUAUAUGUUUUUUGUCGCCUUUGUGACGGUCUUUAACAUGAAUUUUGUCGGUGUAGUCAUCAUUCCCCCUCCCCUCUUUAAGAGGAAUAUCCAUCACAGAAUUGCCUCUGGUACGAUUUAGACACUUGUAUUCUUUAGAUUUAUAAACAUUUUGUGUUCCAUUUUGACACAGUAAACUUGGGUCAAUAGUUUCAUUCGUAUGGAACCCAUCAAGAGGCUGUGUACUCUAAAUUGAACAAACAACUUUGCUUAAAUAAACGAUUAAAAAAAACUUAAA